GAAACAGUUGUGCGAAAGGGGAGGUCGUUAUGGUUGGAAAAACGUUAAUGUUGUGUGUAGUGUUAGUUGCUCUGGUUGAAUUAACUCGGAGUUAUCCACAACCGAGAAUAACCAAACGUUAUUUAUUUUCAUCGUUUUUUAAAAGAAACCCCUAUAUGCUACGAGCGAGUCAAAUAGAAAACCCAAAGGAAAACCAAUGCGUUUGUAUGAAUGGGAGAUAUUGCGAAGGAACUAUUAACUCUGAUGUUCAAUGCCCAUCAAGUUAUACUCAAGUUUGUUGCAUUAAACCCGAACCAGACAAUAAGAAUGUGCCGCACUACAGUGAUGUCGAUGACCACUUCGAUUCCUUCGAAUACGAUAAUCCAGCGUUAGAUAUUCCUGGUAUGGAAGAAAUUAUAACACACUAAUAUGUAGCUACAACUGUAUAAAUUACUAUUUGAUUGGAAUUAUUUAGACUAAAACUUUAUUUUUUAAUACAUAGAACGUUAAUGUACAUUUUAUUAUACGGAGUGACAAUUUAAAAACUUACAUUAGCUAUAUCUCAUGAAAUUGAUUAAAAGCAUUUCUAGAAUACUUAAAUGACAAAAUACCAAACUCACUCUCAUCAAAAUAAAAAUGAAAUGAAACAAAUGUUCAUAAUGUAUACUUAUUUUUUGUUUCUGGAGUAGUAAUCUAUAAUAUUCCGGAACUUUAAAAAAAUACCAUCUGAUUUCUAUAGUAUAAUAAAUAAUA